GUUUGGGGUGUUAUUAAGCAGUCACUCACAGACACUUUUAAAAGCUCUGAACAAGUUCCUGAAAACUAAAGCUUCCCUUUUCAACCAGCAAAGCGACAAGAACCCGAACAGAAUGAGCUUCGAUCCACAGGGAGGCAGAGCAUUUGGGCUUCUCAAAGCACAACAAGAGGAAGGACUAGAUUCAAUCAACCAGGAAUUUCUUGUUGAUCCAAAAUAUAGCGAUGUAGAAGACCUGGAUUCAAAACUGGAAGCUUUUAAAAAGAAAUACAUGGAAUUUGACCGGAAUGAUCAUGGAGACAUAGAUAUGAUGGGUCUGAAACGCAUGCUGGAGAAACUGGGCGUGGCCAAGACUCACCUGGAGCUGAAGAAGAUGAUGUCAGAGGUGACGGGCGGAGCCACUGAGACUAUCAGCUACAAGGACUUCAUCAGAAUGAUGCUGGGCAAGAGGAAUGGCAUUCUCAAACUAAUCUUGAUGUAUGAAGGAAUGGCAAAGGACGACGGGGAGAAGCCGAGCGGUCCGCCACCCAAGAAGAAGAUCGGCGACCUGCCCUGACCCCAUCCCAGCAUGCAACGGGGGGAAGGGGGGGGAGGGGGGGUGUUAAACAGUGUCAGAUCUCAAUGCCGCCGUUCUGAAGCCUGUUUCUUUUCACUGUUGUGUUCAUUCAGGGAUGUUGAAGACUUCAUCCACUUCUGAAAUAUGGUUAUCUUAACUGAUGUGUUCUUAUUCUUGCUUCGAUUCACUGUGUCUAAUUUCUGGUUUCAGUAUUUUUAAGCACCCCUGUGCCCUCCAAAAGGCUGUCGAUCAUGUCCUCUCUCUAAGUUCAGCUGGUACACCCGAGUGUAACCAUUAACCUGUCCCCCUGCAACACUCUGCCCCCAGUGGAUGUAAGAAGUACUGCAUUUUUUUUUUAAUGUGGUAUUUCCAACGGAUGCAUGUCUUACAUCAGCUAGGGGGCAGCGUGUCGCAGGGGGACAGGUUAAUGGUUGCACUCCUGGUGUACCCGCUGAACUUAAGAUAAGUUUUAUUUUUCUGAGGCCACAGGGUUGUUUUAAACUUCUGAGAUUUAAAACGUUGCCAGGAUGUGAUGACUGAUGCAGAAAAUGAAAGCGAUUUUAAACAAGAAAAAUCAUUUAACGUGCUAGAACAGAUCCAUAGCAAGCUGCUCUUUAAUAACAGCAGAAGAAUUUAUAGAGACAGCAAGGGUAACAAAACAAAACAAAAAUGCCUGCUAAGCUUACUGCCGUAUCCCAUGGUAAAAGCACAGCAAAGUCUAGUAACACACAAGGAAAGAAACCAUGGCAAAGCUAUAAACCCUCCCCUUAGAAGAGUUUAAAAAUGACUGUGAAAAUGCUAGAGAAAACAUGCUAAAAACAUACGAAUAGAAAUAGUGUGAAAGUAGUAGCAACGCUGUAUGGCUCAAUAUGUGAAUGGUGUCUUUACAUGUGCACUCAAUAAAUAAAGAAUGGAACGGU